AUGGACUACGGAUACGGCAACGGGAAUAAUUAUUCCACCUCCUACGGUGCGGCGGGGGCUGCAGAUGGUGGCGGCUUUGUGGCAGGAGAACCGCAAAGCAGUCAGGCUGGUGGAAAGGGAGGAUAUGGAAAAGAUACCGUCCGACCCCUAACCAUCAAACAAGUCCUAGAAGCCCAGCUACCACAUCCCGACGCAGACUUCAAGGUGGAUGGCGAAUCAAUCAGUCAGAUCACAUUCGUGGGUCAAAUCAGAAAUAUCAACGUUCAACCGUCAAAGAUCACAUACAAAAUCGACGACGGAACUGGCCUCAUAGAAGUCAUGUCGUGGACGGAUGCCGAAGCAAAUCAGGACAAAAUGGACGUCGAGUCUGAAUCGACCAAGCCCAAACUCAUCGAAGAGGCUUACUGCCGAGUAUGGGGAAGAUUGAAGGAGUUCAACAACAAGCGGCAUGUUGGUGCUCAUAUCAUUCGACCUAUAGUCGACUAUAAUGAAAUCAACUACCAUCUGCUCGAGGCCACAGCUGUGCAUCUCUUUUUCACCAGAGGGCCGCCGUCCGGUGCACAGGCUAAUGGUCACAAACCUGCGGCGGCCAAUGGAGUUCAGGGCGGUGCAACUGACUAUGGUUCAGGUGUGGACAGUGCUCUUUCGAAUUGCUCAAGCCUGGCUCGGAAAGUAUUCGCUGCCUUGAAAAGUACUCCGCAAAGCAAUGAAGGCUUGCACGUUCAGAUGAUUGCUUCAAGCAUGGGAAUGCCUGUGUCAGAGGUAUACAAGGGCUCUGAGGAGUUGUUGAGCACAGGUCUGAUAUUCACGACAGUGGAUGACGAUACUUGGGCACUUAUGGAUACUUGA